CGUGUUAUGCAUAACCCAUAAGAUAGCUGGUGGAGUCAGGGCGGUUUUGCAAGUCAGAUAAGGCGCUUGCUUACUAUAUCGUGUGUGUAGCCUUAUGUGAACUAUACCUGAUACAUGUAAAUGUUGAGAAUUAACAACAACUCCGAAUGAUAAUGGCUACGAGUGCUAGUUUGUACCUAGCUUCCAGUACACCACCGUCGCUCAACAACUCUCAUCUCGACCCGACCCACGGGAUGCAAGGCCUGGUGUCGCAACAAACACAGUAUCACCACCGGAAUACGGAUUUACAGGAAAUUAAAUACAUGCCUCCACAACACCAAAAUGGACAUCAUUUGAGUCAGCUUCAUAACCAGUGGGGACUACCGUGUGGCGAUUCAUGGGGUACCUCGGCCAUGCCCCAACUACAGGAUAUGAGGGACAUGCGAGACAUUAAGCCCAACCCACAGGUAACCACGGACGGGCAUCAUGCCACUCUGCAUCACCGUCCACAACAGCUCCAUUCGCCCCACACAUGGCAUUCACAGUUGUCAUCGCCCCACCUCAACCUCUCCAACGGGGGUGGUCAACUACAGCAAAUGGGGUACGGGGUCCCCAUGAACGGGAUGUUGUCCCCCCAUCAGCUCCACCCUGCUAUGAGGGACCCUGAACAUGACAUGGAUCAACAUGCCCCAGGGUCCGACGACGACGCACCGUCUUCGGACGAUUUGGAAGCUUUUGCAAAACAGUUUAAACAGAGGAGAAUAAAGUUAGGAUUUACACAGGCUGAUGUUGGACUAGCUCUCGGGACACUGUACGGUAACGUGUUUAGUCAGACAACUAUUUGUAGAUUUGAAGCAUUGCAAUUGAGUUUUAAGAAUAUGUGUAAAUUGAAACCGUUACUACAAAAAUGGUUAGAGGAGGCUGAUUCUACAACAGGCUCACCAACAAAUAUAGACAAAAUUGCCGCUCAAGGUCGAAAACGAAAGAAGCGUACGAGCAUCGAAGUGACAGUAAAAGGUGCUCUUGAAAACCACUUCAUGAAACAACCAAAGCCUUCAGCUCCGGAAAUAUCACAUUUAGCAGACCAAUUACAAUUGGAGAAGGAAGUUGUGCGGGUCUGGUUCUGUAACAGGAGACAAAAGGAGAAAAGAAUGACCCCGCCCGGGCCCCUUGGUCCGAAUGGAGAAAUUCUAAUGCCGGAACAGGGGUCUCCGGAAAGCCCCAAUGGGCCCGGAAGUCCCCUGUCCAAUGGUUCUAAUGGACAAAUGGGGGGCAACUCCGGGAUGGGAAUAAAUAUGCCGGUGAGUUCGCCAUCUUUACCUUCCUCCCACGGACUUUCUCAAACUGGACACAUAGUUAGCCAACUGAUGAGUGGUCACCAUCAGCCCCCGCCUCCCCACCAUCACUACAACCCACAGAAUCACUCACCAACCCAUUGACUAGAGGACGUUCCGUUUUAGGGAAAGGAUAACGCCCCACGGACAAUUCGAUGAUUAUCACGCGCUGUCCAGGCCAUUGCACUGACCGACAGGUAAAAUAUACACGGCGAUCAAAAUUUGUGUUGUAGAUAAUGUUUUCACAACUUAAACGUGUAUCGGCUCAUCUUUAUUAUGAUACCGAUCUAGGGACCAUGAACCCUGUGUCCGGAGUGCGGACAGUCGUAAAACGGACAGGGGCUAUACCUGUGAGUGCUCGAGACAUGGCCUGGUCAUCGCUGAAUGACCAUGGGGUGUUGGAAUUGACGGCAGCUGACCGAAUCUCUGGACUCUAUAGACGAGUGACAGGUUGAUCCUGUUCUGUCAUUUAAGAGCUGUGAUUUGUAUCGAAUUGAUGGAUGUACUAUCUUGAGCUGGACACACUGACCGGUGUCCACAACGGUAGUGUCUAUCAGAUCAACAGACUGGUCAUCUAAAACGGAACAAUCGCUUCGGACAGGAAUACCUAAAGGUCAAAGUUAUGACCCCUUCCAAAGUCAGGUAUGAAACAACGUUGAUUUUGUGGGAAUUUAUGGGGGCAAACGCGUGAGCUCAAGAACUUGUAAUUUGAUAAUGGACCUUAAUUGAAUUAUGAAAACCAUUGGGAGGUUCAAAUAUCUCGAUUUUUCUACAGCGAUGGGGGAAUUUCUGCUGUUUAGGGCAAGACAGUUCAGUUUGUUGAUGGGCAUAUUUCCAUUAACGAUAGAUCUUGGGAAAAGAUGCGGCGCAGCAAAAAAUAUUACAACUUUGAAAACUCAUCUCAGAUAUUCUGUGGACAUUUUUGUUAUAUCGGUUUAAUUUAAAGAAAGCUGUGCUAAAUAUUCGGCGCGGUAUUCAGGAAUUUUUCAAUUAAGCGUGAUGUGUGUGUGCGAUAUAUGUUUGUUCUUCUCAAGACUGGAGCGUGCUAAAUCCUCCAUGUUUGAGAAAGUGUGACUCGACCAGAAGAUUAUUUUCCCAUUCUACCGGAUCCUUGCUGUUGAUAUACAAGGGGGAAAAGAUUGGUUCGGUAUUAGCUCAAUUUCUUGUACUGGUCGUGGCAGCGACUGUCCUGUAAGUGUGCUCUUUGUAUAAAUAGCUGUGCAAAGUUGACUUAGUGUCUAAGAGGGUAUCAAUUUCUCCAAGAAUCACGAUCCUCAAAGUUAAACACGGCUUUCAUACAAUUUUUUUUUUUUCAUAACCAGUCUUUAGAAGGUACAAGGCCGUAUGAAUUGUGUUGUACAAUUUUUAUGUUUGUUUAUAUAAUGUUCUAUUUAAAACAAACCUAAACACGGGUUUCAAAAACCUUAUCUUGUUGCCUGCACUUUGCUUGGAAAAAUAAUUUUUGAUAAUCUUUGGUAAUUUUUAAUUCUUUAUAUUUAAAAUCAUAAUUGAAUUUGAAAAGAUUGGGUACUAUGUUAUUAAACGUUUUUGAUCACUGGUAUAAUUUUGUUUGCAUCUACCGUUUUGAUAUUAAAAGAUGAAAUUAGAAAUUUAAUUAGUGUGAUGAUUAUAGUAAAAAUGAUUUAAAAGAUUCUUUUCUAAUUUCAAUUACGUUAUAUCUACUUAUUCCCCUUAUUCUAGAUUUAUCCGUUUUAAAAACGAUAAAUAUUUUUGAAUUUAUUAAGGAAGUCUAUAUUUAUUUGUAUUUUAAAUACAUUUUCCUAUUCCAUAAAUUCCUUAAUGAAUUUAAAAUUAUCAGGUACUUUAAUAUCAAUUUCUUUAUCAUUCCGAUCAAAAUAUCACAUUCCUUUUACCGAAAUGAAGUAAUGAUACAAUUUUAUGAACAUUUUACAUCAAUUUUCAGCAUUUUAUUUUUCAUUAGGUGUUUAAAAUGCUGUCUAUGAUAAAUUUGAUAUAUAGUGUUCCAAGUUUUGAAAAAAAUUAUUACGGUGUGAUUAUAGAAUUGUAAUUAAGUUAUAUAAUAUUAUAUUAUGAUAUAGCUUUUAAAAUAUUCAUUUUGUUUUUUAUCAGUGACUGUUCCACACGUUGAAACUGGUGUGAAGGUGUGUUUUUGUUGAAUGAAUGAAUCGAAUGACUGAAAUGAGUUUGUCGUUUAAUCUUAUUCAAAUGAUGUAUCUUGGAAUUUUAAAUGAUACCAUCAUUUUUUGCCAGUAAAUAAAUAUUUUUACAAGUGCA